AUGGACAAAAAAGAGGCUGAGAACAUUCCUAUAGGGCUGUGCGGUCGGGUGCGUGACAAAUCACCAGAUUUAUCAAGCGAUUUGUCGUUUGAAGAGUUGCGGAAUCGAUUUGACACUAGCGCCGUGGCGAGGCGUGAAAUUGUUUCGAAUCCCUCUACGCAUGGUAGCGCCACGCGUCAAAUAGUGAGCGGGAAAAUUUUCAAGAAAUGCAAGAGCGCGACUUUUCAGAUAGAUGGCGCCACAUACACUAUUGUGAAGUGCUUAAACUUUGAAGUGGAGGUAGCGUAUGAUGUGAUGAUGCGACGAGGGAAAGCGUUGCUGGAGGGCAGCAGGCAGGGCUCUGUGGAUGGGAGUAGCAACCUUGCUAAUGAUAAGGAGCUGGUGCACAAAUGUCAUAGUGACCCAGGCGGGGGUAGGGCUCUGGGUGCAGCACCAAGGACACACAGACAUCGAUCCGUGUCCGGUGCGUUGAGGAAAUGCGUUCUCACUUUGGACGGCUAUUCCUAUGUUAUAGGUCUCUUGGAAACUUUAAUAACAAAAAUUAAUCAAAGUUCUAAAGAAAUGUUAUCGUCUUCAUCCUCAAAGAGUAUCAUUAAAAUCGAACGUGAGAACAUUCGCAACGAAAAUAGGGUUCAAUAA